AAUUCCUCUACUCCUUUCUGCUUUGUGCAGUUAUCUUCCCUUCGUAUCUUCGUCUUCGCUCUCGCCUACUUUCCACAAUUCAGCCUUCAGCUCAAACGUCGCUUUCCUUCGUCAAAUACACGAUGACGCUUCAAUUUGGCACCAAAAACGUCUUCAGCCGCCCCGACCAGGCUGGCUACCAACCCAUUCCGUCUUCUCAUCAGAUGGGCACGUUUGCGCCCCAGCAGGGAGGAUAUCCUCGAGGUCCAGCUGACGCCAAGUUCGGACCUGCACCUUGGACAUCUGGUCAUACUGUCCUCCGGGUAACGGACGUCGUUGCAGGGAAUGGUUACAUCCAAGACAAGUCCCGUGGUUACCGGUGAAGCACACGCUCUGACAAUAGCCGCUAUUACAGUAAGUUCCAGGCUCAUUCGCGGAGGGCACAAUCUGACCGUGAAAACCCUUUAUUAGCGUAUCACCUUUCCAACUCUAUCACAACUCUAAUCGCCCUGCAACCUCGUGUCUCCGUGCGGCUUUUGCGUUUGUCUUGAUCUGAUUGCUGUUCCUCUUGGCACGGCAUUUAUCCUGCUCCUACUACUGUAUCUCAUUCUGCGUCAACACUCUGUAUCAUAUUUUCUCUUGAAUGACACCCACUUUCGGCUAGACCGAACAUCCCCUAU